ACAACUAUAUAUAUAUAUACACGCUGUGUGUACAUACAGUAGGCCUAUACAUGUGAGAACUGCAAUUGUUAUCGGUACAGUAGCGAGUGUGUCCGUUAAAUCAUUUAACACAUGUGAUGUUAUCUGUAUCAAUGACGACCUUCGUGUCCAGUGCCAGACCAGCGUCAGUAAAUCACCUAUGCAGACAUUCGUGAAUAAGUUUAUUCUAUAUGAGUGAAGACAUCGUCUACGUGUGUUUUGCUGUUUGCCUGGUAUACUUACCACGACAUUAAGUUUUAACAUUUACGUUAUGUUAUUACCGCUGUGAGUGAUAUUUACAUACCGGUAUCCUUGAUUGGAGUUGUACAGGAAACUUUACCUAAAGUUAACCGGGUGUUAAAGAGAGUCAACUAUUAAACAAGACGGGAGACAAAUCCCAGGAGGUAGUUUUAUUGAAACACAUGUCUGCUUAUGAAUCAAAGUGUGCGGUCCUGAAUUUUGAUUAAUUAAUAGUGUGUGUGUCUUAUCGACUGGUAGUUUCAUGGAUUAUUUAAUUCCAACAGAACCUUCUAUGGUAUUUCAACUUAUGACAGUGCGCGUCAGCUAAAUUGUUUGCUGCGUGGGCCUAAUCACCGACUAAGCAUGUAAAUCUGUGAUUGAUUGACGGGUCUAAAUCGGAUAUAUUGCUGUCUUUGACACAAAUACCUGUUAGUAUGACAGACCCAGUGGGAUAUACCGUUAAUAUCGGUGCCUCGGUAACUAUGAAUAUAUCUCUUGUAGAGACGGUGAUUCCUGGAACUGUCAACAAGAGCAGUAAUGGUACGGCGGUGGACCAUUACGCCAUCGGUGCUACAAUUAUAUCCCCAAUUACUAUGUGUUUAGCAGGACUUGUGGGAAACGUAUUGGCUUUAAUAGUUUUACACCGAACAAAGAGAAAGAUUAGACGAAUGAUGUUUUAUACGCUUGUAGCGGCUCUAGCCUGGACCGAUCUAACAGGAAUCAUUCUAACUACCCCUGUCACCAUCGCUGCCUAUAUCAACCGUCGUGAAAUGCCUGGAGGUGUCAGUCUGUGCAGAUUUAAUGCCUUUAUUAUGGUAUGUUUUGGAUUAUCAACACCAUUAAUAGUCUGUGCAAUGGCAGUUGAACGAUUCCUUGCCUUAAAAUGCACUUAUUUCUAUUCUAAAUAUUGUACGACACAAAAUGCGCGUAUAACGGUGCUUGUACUAUGGGCCUUCGUCUUAGUAUUCGGUGCAUUGCCUUUAUUUGGAUUCGGGGAAUUUACUUUACAGUAUCCUCACACUUGGUGCUUUCUGAACUUCCAUACAGAAGAACUUCUAACGGCCAUAUAUGGUUAUUGCUAUUCCAUUUUGAAUUUGUUAAUUGUGAUUUUGAUGAUGUUUUGUAACGGUUAUGUGAUGGUGUCGUUGCUAAGAGUGAGAUAUAUCAAGAUACAGCAGGAUAAAGAAAGGUCAGCGAGUAUCUGUAGUAGUUUAAUGGAAGGUCUGGAUGAAAAUAAGCGACUCCAGGCCCAGAUUAAAAAACAGAAACAGCGGGAUGUUGAAAUGCAGAUGAUCUGGUUAAUGUCGGCCAUUACUACUAUAUUUGCCGUCUGCUGGGCACCUCUCAUGAGUCACAUCAUUAUAACCCUGGUAACUGGUAAACCUAAUCCUGUUGUUGGUUUGUUGUGUAUUCGUCUGGCCAGUUUAAAUCAGACAUUGGAUCCCUGGCUGUACAUCCUACUGAGGAAGACAUUUAUCAAACGCGUCCAUAAAACUAUCAAAAAGAUUUGUUGUUCUACGAGUCCGCCACGAGAACAAUCUGAGUGUCGUUGUAAUCAAUAUGUUCACGUGGGACGACAAUUAUGUCAUCAGAAAUAUUACGUUGGUAAUUCAGAUCCGAAUGAUCUACCACCGGAAGUCAGUCAGCAGCUCCGGAAGUUGCACGCCACACACAGUAACAGCACCAGUGGUACUCUACCGGACGUAAUGCGCGGAACUCGAUCCUCUAAAAGUCUACAUACCAUGCCUGAUGUGACAAAGUCCCCAAAUAAUCCUUCAAAUGAAACAGGAGAUACGAGUUCGAGAUCACCUGAGGGUAUAUAUGUGGAUAUGUAUCGUGUUUUACCCCUGGUUUCAGUAAGUGAUAUGAACAGUGGUGAUAUGAUAGAAGAGGACAUACACCAAGAUGAAACAAGUCACAUGUUACUAUCCAGUAAUGCACCUUGUAUUGAAAUGGCGCGAGAUUCCACUUCCGGUGUUUUCAGUAUCAGCCCUGAACUAAGCCGAUCUUUACUAGGAAGCAAGGACCUACAUUCAGAUAUCACACCCACUAUUAAAGUUAAAAAUAAGGCUAACGCUCGACGAACCAAAUCUUACACAUAAAGUAUAGACCUGGAAUAUAAAUAUCUGUGUUUCAUCAAGAUAGCCAUUGAUGAGGAAAAUAUUGCAAAACUAUUGACGAGUUUUUGAAAUAUAUAAUUUGCCUAAGGAUGCUUUUAUAAAGUGAAUUUGGUGCGAAUAGUUCAGAUCACCAAAGAUUUAGAAUCUUGAAGAGCUAAACUGAUAAAUGUUUAUCCGUUCAGAUUGUGUUAGUUGGCAUGAACAGAGCAAUUCAAAGAGACUUUAUACAAUGGAAUGGCCCAUUUGGACGCAUAAAACGCGAUACGUGUUUGAAUGACUAGCAUCACCAAAGAUUUAGAAUCUUGAAGACCUAAACUGAUAAAUGUUUAGCCGUUCAGAUUGUGUUAGUGAGCAUGAACAGAACAAUUCAAAGAAACUUAUACAAUGGAAUGGCUCAUUUGGACGUAUAAAACGUGAUACAUACGUGUUUUAAUGACCAGCAUUAACAUUAUUAUUAUGUUGCAUAUCCCCCAGUAAAAAGUCGAUAUAUUCAAGGCUUGGAUGUUAACUUUUGUUGAAUAUAAACACACUGGCAAGGUGCUUGACAGUUAUUUUGUAAACUUGGACAUUCUGCAGUUAUUCAAAGCUUUAAGAAUCAUAUCAGAAACAUGGUUUUGAGAGAAUAUUUAUAGUGUAGAAUUUUGAAUGUGUUUUUCACCCAUCUGUGAGUGCAUGGAUUGGACAUCAGUGGAAUGGCUGGUCACGAAUUGAUUUUAUGAUGUUGGGUCGUCAUUUCCAAAACUCCAUAGAUCAAUCUGUGGUCUGUACUUCUUAUUGGCUGCGAAACUUCUCAGAACAAUAUUUAAUCGGCAAAUAGAAUUGAAAAUAUAAAUUGUAAAUAGGCUGAGUAAUGCAUAUUCGCAGAUCCAACCACGAAUAUUCGCGUAACUACAUGAAUUAUCUAGCUUACAGAGAAAUGCUAACAGAAAUCAGCAUUUAAUGUGCAGCAUUUUUUCCGUCAGGUAGAAGGCCAUUUCUUGUUUAAGCACGUAGACAUAUCAGAAUUUUAUUAUUCGCCCAAAUUGAAAUCCAAUUGUUAAUUUAAUAUCGAAACUGUUAGAAAUACUUUAAUAGGUGAUCGAUUUGAACAGAUUCGUGACCAUGUGAAUUGGUGUAGAAUGGAGCCUGUAUUGUAUAUUAUUUUGAAAGCCCCCGAGGGAGAUAUAAACUAAAUCGAAUAUCAUAGUUACUUGAAAUUGACAUCCUAUUACAAAUGUUGAGGGGGUUGGUUUUACGUUGUUGCGAUAAUAUGCAAUUAUAUGAGACUAUGCGUGGUAUUGUGUCACAAUUUGUGUGUUUGCAAAAUUGAACUCGAAAUAGACAUUUAUCCUAUGGAAUUCUACCGACAAAAAGACUCUCCGAAUGAUAUCAAUUAUCAACUAUUUAUAGAAAUCUCCAUUUAUUUUAGUUUCUAUAGAUACCUUCGAUUUCUUGGGUAAUACCUGUAUAGCUUAAUGUGAAUAUUAUGUUGACUCAAUCUAAUUAAAACACAGAUCCUAUUUCGUUUCGUUUUAUAGUUCAAAAUUUCGUUUUACUUGUCUUUACUACACUAGGAUUUGGAAGAGUUGUUAUCAUUGACGUGUUCUGAAUGGUGUGAGGGCUUAGCCAAUAAAACGGUCUGUUACGUGUUUUGAACGGAACUGUGGGUAAUCCACUAAUAACAUCAAUGCUGAUUGGUUAAUCAAAUGUCUGAUGUCAUAGGGUCAAAAGCCGCUCGUAGGACUUCUGAAGCGACCUAUCGUUACAACCGGUCAGUUCAUGUAGUGUAGGCCAUCAAAAGUAUAAAAAACGAAACGAAAUAUAGAUCUGUAUUUUAACCAGAUUGUAUGUUGACAAUAGGGAUCAAUAAGCCCACAUGCAUGUAUAUAUAUAACAGUUUUGUGACUAUGUUUGUUUACGCAUUGCUGAUUAGGUCUAUUCUGGGAUCAUUUAAUUAAGCUAUUAGAACGGAGUUAGAAAAUAUAUUUAAUGGAAUAUUUUCCUCGGCUUUAAUGUUGAUAGUAUUUUUGUUAAUAUUGUCAAUAUUUUCCAUGAAAAUAUAUUUUCGUAUUUCUACUCUCUUACAGCCAGAGGGUUUACGAUGGUUUCCGCAAAAUACAUGUUUUAUCUGUGAUAUAAAUGAUUGAUUUUUCUUUAUUAAUAAAGCUUAAUUUAAUGCAAAA